CUUGCACGCUGGCAGCAUCAAACUCGAGCGUCUCCCGCCUCACCAACCUCCGACGCACCUUGACCAUGUCUCACGCCGCAGCAGCACAGCAACAACUCCAUCAGCGGCCCACCAAAAGACCAGAAGCACCAUGGAAGAAGAUGUUUCAAGAGCACGUCGCGCGAGCGGGUGGGGCAUCAGCAGAAUUUGCCCUGAGUACGGUCAAUUCGUCCGGACUUCCUCGGGUGCGGUACUGCAUUCACCGCGGGUUCUGGGCGGAAUUGCCUGAGAAUGAACACAACAAGCUACAAAAGAACCCGGCAAUCUACGAAUCUGACUGCCCGACUUUCACCACGGACGCACGUAUGCACAAGGUAUACGACCUCUUUGCGACGGGAAAGGGGAAGGGUACCCUCGAACAGUCGCGAUCAGGCACUGGAGGGGGUGGGCCCGUUGAAGCCGUGUACUGGGUGCGAGACACAAAGACACAAUGGCGGAUCCGCGGCAAGGCAUGGAUAUUGGCUGCGGACGAUAUUGAAGGCGGGGAGGAAGCCCAAAACUCGGGGACUGUGACUGUCAAGGCCGAGUUGGGCAGAUAUAUGCGGGUGAGCGACGAGGAUGGUCACGCGCAGCAACAACAAGGGGGUUGGUCUUGGCGACGGGAGAUCGAGAACCAUUUUGAGAAUCUUUCGCCGCAGAUGCGAGGUUCCUUCAAAAAUCCGCCUCCUGGAAAACCGAUUCACAAAGGCAAAGAUGAACAGGCAGGGGAGGCACUCGGACAGAAGGCAGGGCAUCUCGCUGAGGAGCACCUGGCACGGAAGCAUUUCCGGGUAGCAGUCAUCACUCCUGAAGAGGUCGAGGCGGUAGAUCUGACAGAUCCUGAGAAAGCAACCAGACAAAUUUGGACAUUGUCAACCGAGGACGGUGAGUCAGAUGGCCCUGAGUGGAACAAGAUAGAAACUUGGCCAUGAGCAGGGAUGAUGUCAGAAUGAUCUAUUUUGG